AAUUGACAGUUUGACAAUUGAAGAAAAAUGGAAACCGGCGUUCAAAUGAUAUGAAUAAAAUAAUUUUUCCAAUAUUAAAAGAACAAUAACAUUAAUACAUUGAACUUUAAAAAAUACGGAGGCUAACUAGUUUUCUAUCACAAUUAAAAUGAUUCGUUAUCUGUUACCAGUGUUAAGUUUAGUAGUUGUAAGUAAUGCAAUACUUCAAGGAAUAGUUGAUGUCAAGAGGUUACAGGGAAUUCUGGAAGAAGGUGUGAAGAGCAAGGAUAUCAGCACACUAUACUUCUCUCUCAAAGGCCUUAAGUUGCUGAAUGCUAAAAUUCCUGAUGUCUGUGAUGUUAUAACUGCAAUGAAAUGGGAUAGUGAUAAUAUUGAACAAGUAUUUCAUCUUGCUACUGCAGCAGAACUGGCAGGUUGUCAGAACUUCCUUAAUCCAGAUAUUCUGGCACCGCCAGUGGCUGUUCUAGACAAGGAUAAUGCCAGCCUGGCGGACACAUAUCAUGCUAUAUAUACUAUGAAAGCAGUGGGCAAAGGUGCAGUGUAUGAAAGAGAGAGUGCCUUGAAGAAUCUUAUCCAGGUUUUGAAGAAAGAUGACACUCCAGCUAACUAUGCCUACUUGUUUGCCCUGUGUGAGCACAUGGGCUGCCAAGCGUGGACCGCCAUGCAUGCAGAGAGUGCACUGCUCGCUGCGGACGAGACUGAUUCCAAGAUGCUACACUUCGACGGAGGCCUGCCUGUCACAUCUGCCAUCUUGUCUACUAUUAUCAGAUCUCACAAAUUCCUCAAGAAGCCGUCCCCGCUGACGGAGGAGCAGCGCUACAAGUUCGGCGCGUACCUGCUGUCGCGGCGCUCCGUGACGUCACCGCGCGGCGCCGCGCUGCUGCUCGACGCCGCCGUGCAUCUCGCCGAUGAACAGCCAACUCCAAUCUGCGUGGUAUUCAAAGACAAGAAAUACAUCACGGCUGACUAUGAUACCAUCGAAUUCUCAGUAACUGAUCUCAUAGGCAGACCCGUUCCCAACCUGAAACCCGAGGAAGUUGUGGCCCAAUCGGGAACACGAUUAGCCGAUGAUGUGGUUGUUCUGUCGAAGCAACCUUUGAGUCAGAAACCGAAUGAGCAGACAACUUUCAUACUUAACCUGAGUAAGAUUAAGGCUCAACAUGGCUUGUACAAGAUCUCCCUGAGCGUGGGCAGCAAAUCAGCUAACUUCAACGUAGCGGUGCUGGGUGAGAUUCAAGUGGCGAGUGUUGAGAUUGGUAUCGGGGAUGUGGACGGCACCACCAGCCCUAAGCUGACCACUGUGGCGUAUCCCAACAAACUCGCCGAGAAACUGCAGGCGGAUCAUUUGCAGAAAGUGAGCCUGAAGUUCUCGGUGCGCGACAAGUUCAACAAGGCGGUGCUGGUGCAGCAGGCCUUCGUGCGCGUGGCGCCGCUCGCCGGGCCCGAGGAGGCCAUCUACGUGGCCGAGCCCGACAACACCAAGACGUACAAAGUCGAUCUGAAUGUAGCGGCGGUGUCGAAGCACCUGAGCCACGCGAGCGGCGAGUACUCGCUGACGCUGCUGCUGGGCGACAGCGCCGCCGCCGCGCCCGUCGCCUGGCCGCUGGCCGACCUCGCGCUGCACUUCGGCAAGGACGCCGCCGCCGUCGGGUCGGCGAUGCAGUCGGCGCGCGGCCACCGCGGCGCGCUGGACGAGGUGGCGCACACGUUCCGGUCGGCGGAGGCGCGGCCGGCGCGCGCCGUGUCCGACGUGUUCGCGUGCGCGUGCGCCGCGCCGCUGCUGCUGCUGCUGCUGCUGUGGGCGCGCCUCGGCCUCAACCUGUCGCUGUUCCCCUGCUCGCUCAGCGCGCUGCUGUUCCACGCGGCGCUCGGAGGCUCGCUGUCGCUGUACGGCGUGCUGUGGCUGCAGCUGUCGAUGUUCGACACGCUGCGCUACCUGCUGCCGCUCGCCGCGCUCACCUUCCUGUCCGGACACCGCUUGCUGCGCCGCCUCGCCGCCGACAAGACGCGCUGACGUGUUCAGUUCAUUUAAUAUUAUAAAUAAAUUAAUGUAAUUAAAAUAA